AUGUCUUUCACAGCCCCUACUCAGCGGAAAGGUGUCACGCACUUGUUUACACCUAAAUUGACUGCUUUCGAGCACACCCCUAAAGCAUCAGACUUGAACCCUCAAAACGUUAUCAUCUUCAUUGGUGGUCUAUCUGAUGGUUUACUUACUGUCUCAUACCCAACAUCAAUCUCAGAUGCAUUACCAGCAGAUUGGAGCCUCGCCCAAAUUCUUCUAAGUUCUGCAUACACCGGAUGGGGCAUCUCUUCCCUCAAGGAAGAUACCGAAGAGCUAUCCAAAUGUGUCUCCUACUUCCGAAGCAUUAAAUCAGGCAAGAUUAUCCUAAUGGGCCAUUCUACUGGUUGUCAAGAUGUUAUGGAAUACCUAACAGGACCCGGACACGAAACAAAUGCUCCGAUUGAUGGAGGGAUCACCCAAGCUCCCGUAAGCGAUCGUGAGGCUUUGGGGCAGGAAAUGGAUGCAGAUAUUUUGAAAAGUAGCAUUUCUUUAGCCCAGAAGAUGGUCGAAGCUGGAGAUGGUGAGGAGAUCUUGCCAUCAAGUGCCACGCAAGGAUUUUUUCCUUCACCCGUAUGUGCGAGGAGAUGGCUCUCGUUGGCAAGUCCGAAUCAUGAUGGAGAUGAUGACUAUUUCAGCUCCGAUCUAACGGACGAGCAAUUAAAGAAGACCUUUGGAAGCUUGCCAGCUCGCAGUCCAUUGUGCAUUCUGUUUUCUGGAAACGAUGGAUAUGUUCCGAAAUAUAUCGAUAAAGAGGCGCUAGUAAAACGAUGGAUUGAAUUUGUGAAGAAGGGAGAUGGAAAGGUUGAUGAGGAGAAUUCUGGUGUUAUUCCUGGUGCUUCGCACAACUUGACAAGAAGUCCUGAAGCUGUACCAGAGUUGGUAAAGAGGGUCUUAGGCUUCUUGAAGGGGUUAUCUUUGUAA